GGCCGCAGUUCGUGCACGACUCGCAGCAAAAAACCUGCUGAGCUCCAAGGGCGCAACCAUAGCCUAGAGACAAGUUUGAAUUCGCAGUCACGGGGCUUUCGCAACGUCGCGGGACCACUCUGCGAGCUUCGACAGGUGAACACACUGGCGAUGGAGAUGGGAGCUCGUUUCGUUUGCUUGGCAACGCCCCCGAGGUGCGGGCUAUGUUUCGGUGCUUUAAGCCCCGGCGCUGCCACCACGGGUAUUCCAUUCACCGCUUCGCCAUUUUCUCAGGGAGAUUGUUUGAAAAUGGACGAGAGUCUCUCGGGCAAGAAGAUAGCUUCUAGUUAUAGAUCGUCGAAGGUGCGUCCAUUCUUAGGUACGAGCCUCUGGAAGCUUCUGCCGCAGGAUUCUUUCGUAUCACGGCGUCCACCACUCAUAAAUGCAGCAAAACAAUCUGGGAAUCAAGGAAAGAAUUCGAAAACACCACCUUCCGCAGAUAAACUGGAUGACGAAAAACUCACAGAAUCAUCACGUCUGGAAGGACAAGCUGUUGAGGAAAAAGUUAACAAAAAAAAUUCUGACAUCAAAACAGCUCCAGCUGCCAGAGAGGAAGUCUUAAAAGCAUGCGUGAACACAUCAGCCGCUUUAGCUAUAGCCGGAAUUGCCAUUCGGCAGGGUACACACUGGGCAGCAGAAGCGAAUUGGUCUGUUCCAGACUGUUAUUUAGGAAUGACGUAUAACUUUCAGGCUUGGCACUUGGGAGUAACUCUUGGAACGGUGACGCUCAUAGCGUCUUUGCGACAAAUUCUUCUCUCAACUUGGCCUGAAUUCUCUCAGUCAAGUCGACAAUCUAAUAAGCAGGUCCUGAGCUCUUUGGAGUUAAAUGAUUAUCUCUUGGUGUCAUUCUUGCCUGGCAUUUCCGAGGAACUAUUGUUUCGAGGCGCUAUCUUGCCACUAAUCGGUGUGGAUUGGCGUGGAGUUGUUUUUUCUGGUCUUGUAUUUGGAAUCCUUCAUAUAUCAGGUGGACGCAACGCUGCUUUCGCUGCUUGGGCUUCUUUUGUGGGAUGUGUGUAUGGAUUGGCAGCUAUAAUCACGAAUGAUCUGGCGGUUCCAAUGGUGGCUCACUCCGUUGCUAACUUAGUAGCUGCGUACGUUUGGCGAAUCGAAUCGAACAACGAUACGAAGAUAUAAAUCAAUCUCUUUUACUGCUACAUCUAUCAUCAGGAGAUGGUUCCACGAGCACAAAAUUUUGUGCAUGCUCACAUUGAAAAUUUAACUGGUUAAACAAACCAGUUUUGUAAUGCCUUGAUUAUACGGUUUAUCUGUAUCUUAUUUUGUAUAUUAAAAUUGCUCUUUAUUCACAUAACCGAUGCAGGAGAUUUUCAGCAACAGUCCAUUUGUACGACAAAUUUUCACGAAGUUGUGGAAGCUGUUAAAGAUCACCUAACAUAUUGUGACCUACCAAUAUUAAAACCA